AUGGAUGAAGCAAAUGCGUCUUCGUUAUCGUUUCGGAUGGAGGUCGAUGAUGAAAGAGAGGAAUCUGAAGCUCAUUCACAGCCACACUCUCAUCCUCAGUCACAGUCUCAUUUGCCAUCUUCCGUUGGUACAGAAGUGAAGAGUUCAUCAAUUGAAGAGAGUGAUAUAUGCGGCUUUGCGUACGAUCCAUCAACGAAACGAUAUUAUCGUAUUCAGUCGGAUGCCAGUGGAUCGGCGAUCGGAUUUCGAAAGAGGGAUUAUGAACGGGUCCGCCGUGAAACCGAUCGACUGUCUCAGUUCCAGAUGACUGCAAAACAGCCACCAGCACCAUCGUCGAGUCAUCAGUUGUUCGACGUCAAUCCACAGAUAAAACCAAUCGUAACAUCUCUUGUUCAAGCUCGAGAACUUGGUUAUAAAUCAACUCAGAUAACGAAUUUUUUUCAUUGCGGUCUCAGCGAAUCAGCACUCUUAUCUGCCAGUAAUACACCGAAUUACACACGAGAAGUGAGUUGA